UCUAGCUAUUCUCUCUCCCUCUCUCUGCAUUUUCAAGUUCUUGGUCGAUUCAUCAGCUUAUUUUGCUAGAGAGAGAGAGAAAGAGUUGUAAAUCACUAUCUUAUUUCAAUGGGAAAAGCUGGUGUCGUGCCGUUUUUGGCAAUGGUGUUGGUGCAAUUUGGAUACGCCGGCAUGAACAUCUUGUCCAAGCUCGCCAUGGAUUCCGGCAUGAACCCUUUCAUCCACGUGGCUUACCGUCAAAUCUUUGCAUCCAUUGUCAUUGCCCCAGUUGCUUAUAUAUUAGAAAGAAAAAUAAGGCCAAAGAUGACUCUGCCUAUUCUUCUCCAGAUAUUUUGGUCUUCCUUUUUUGGGGCUACGUUGAAUCAAGCACUUUACUUUGUUGGUUUAAAGAACUCUACUCCAACCAUAGCAUGUGCAUUAUCCAACUUAUUGCCAGCCUUUACCUUUAUAUUAGCAGCGAUUUUCAGGCUAGAAAAGGUGGGUCUGAAGAGGUUGGCCGGACAGGCAAAGGUGUUUGGAACGUUUACCUGCGUGGGAGGAGCGAUGUUGUUGUCUUUUUAUCAAGGAAAGGUCGUCAUAGGUUCAUCCGGUUUUCAUUGGGGAUCCCAUCAUGAUAUGGGGAAAAACAACAAUGUUAGUCUUAGCCAUAGUGAUGUUCACCAUAAUCAUCAUGAACCUAGUGCAUUUGUUACUUUCUUGAUGGGUCCUUUAAUAGUCAUGGCUAGUGCUUUUGCUUGGGCUGUUUGGUUCGUCAUCCAAGCGAGGAUAAGCGAGAAGUACCCUGCACCAUAUUCUAGCUCGGCGAUAAUAUGCUUCAUGGCUAGCUUUCAAUGUGUAUUGAUUGGCUUAUGUUUUGAUCACAAACCCUCUUCGUGGUCUUUGGCGAUGCCCAUUCGAGCCAUCUCAAGCAUUUACGCGGGAGUUAUAUGCACUGCAUUGGCGUUUUGCAUAAUGUCAUGGUGUAUACAGAAAAGAGGACCUCUUUACGUGUCGGUUUUCAGCCCUUUGUUGCUUGUCAUUGUAGCUGCCCUUAGCUGGAUUCUUCUUGGAGAGAAACUAUACGUUGGAACUCUACUAGGGUCUGUGUUGAUUGUAACGGGACUGUACUCAGUUCUUUGGGGUAAAAAGAAAGAGGCUUUAUUUGAAGAUGAGGCAGAAGUGAACCAAUUGAAAAUAAGAGGGGUUAAUGAGGAAGAAGAAGAAUUGAGGGACUUGGAAAUGCAGAAUGCAAUUAAGAGGCAACAACAGCAGCAACAAGGUUAAGCUCUUAUGGAUGAUCUAAAAAUGCAAUGAAGUCCUUAUCUUAUAAUAUAAUAUAUAAUAUGUUAUCUAUCUUUUUCUAAUCGGUUGGUGUGUUCUUAGUUUGGUGGGCUUUCACCUUUUGUAAUAUUUUUUAUUUUUCAUUUGGAAAUUAUGCUGUUCUGUAAUCAACUUUUUUAUUUAUCAGUUGGAUUCGAUUACACCUUUUUUUUGUUGUGGUUAUAGUAAGUUAGUAACUGACUUGUU